UGUGAUUGGCACCAUGCCUUGACCUAUGAGCAUGCGGAUUUCUUGGAAGAUCACAUUGUGCGACUAAAGAGUGAUGGGCAAUUCCUGUUCCACAAGUUCAAUUUAGAUCAAGACGAUCCCGGAACUUGGCCUAGCAUGUUGGACUUGCCACAGCAGCUGUUUGACUCUUCUUGUUUCUGUGGGCAAACACCCAAAAGAGACGAAUUCAAAGUCGAUCCCAAUAUUCCAUACUCCUAUCCCAGAUACAAAAAAUCUCGAGAGCAGCUUAUUGCUGAAAAGCGUGAACAACAAUCGGCAUUUUUGAACACUCUUGUUGGUGCCAUUCAAGGAGGCAACAACAAUUCCGGCCAAUCUACCAGCAGCAACGGAGGUACUGAUGGCAGCAAUCCUCUUCGUCGAGUUGUCCGUAUUCAAUCAAAACGUGGCAAUUAUUCUGUGGAUAUCCCUGCGACCAUUAGCAACGAAAUCAAACUGGCAAGUUUGUACAAUGAGGGCGCAACCAAGCGCGAUGUCCGUGGUCCCCUGUACAACAGCCUCAAUUAUCAGCAGAAAGCAGGAGUUCGCAGUGGUGAUACUCAUGCCUACAAGUUCCAGUGGGUCAGCAACAUCAAUCCAGAUGAUGUGCUGUACAUGUUUCCCAGUAAGAAUGACUUUGAGGAAACCUCCACACAAACUCUAUAUGAUCUGCUUCCUCAGGAUCCAGAACGAAAGAAAGGGAUGUAG